AUGGUCGUCCUUUCCGUGUCAUUGAUCCCCAUCUUCAUGGCCGUGGUCGGUUUCACAAAGACACUGCGCGGACGACAAAGCAUAAACCCAUGCGCUGGUCUCGGAAGUUAUACAUACUCCACUUAUCCGUACAAUUUUACCCUCGCCGCAUUGAAUAGAACACUUCCAAAUACGGAGGCCACGGGUGAACCACUCUUCAUCGGCCGUUCUUACUAUGCAGCGAACAGUAGUACUUUAUAUACCCCCGCAGUCCUCACAACGUUAUUCAACUCCUCCAACCCUGUGUUUUGGCCCGGGCCGCUCAUAUCCCUUCGAGAUGGAGGCUUGUACCCCAUUUCACCUAACUCUACUAUGGGCGCUGUUAGUGGGAACGUUUCUGACGGCGGAGAGGUCGGCUUCGUGGCCUAUCCCGACCCCUAUAUCUUGCCGAAUCCCCCUCCAAUCUACUGCAUCCAACAAACAUCCAAUUCAACUGCUAAUGCUAGCGAAUCGUAUCCGCUCUUGGCUGUACAUGGAGAAACCAGUAAUUUCUCAAUGUGCAUUGGCACUAACCCGUUGCUUUGUGCUCCCAAACAAAACAACGUUAUCUACAAGCCAGUGGAAAAUAGCACUGAUUACUACUACGAUACUUGCUACCCUGUUGAUUUGCUCUUCGCCAUUCUCUUCAUUCAUGCGGUACCGUUUAUGAUUUCAGCGGUUGAGAGACGUCAGAUCCUCGACCCAUGCGCAGGACUUGGGAAUAAUACCGUCUCCACCCCGCCGUGGAACUUUACUCUGACUGCGUAUAACACGACGCAUCCUAACGCCAACGACACGGGAGCACUCUUGCUCCUGGGUAAAGCCGCCUCAAGUGGGUCUUUUGCAGUACUCGCGACAUACGAGUCGUUUCCAUCCUUCGCCUUACCCGGUCCAUUCAUGCAUCUCGACAAUGGAACUCUUAUCCCAUACGCAAGCGGCUCGGAGGGUGAUGCGACAGCUCUCGGACAGAAUGUGACGACUGGCUCCGAACUCGUCUUCCUCCUCACAGAAUAUGCUUUCGACCCACCAUUCCCGGCUGCGCCAAUUUAUUGUAUCCUGAAUGGAUCGCAGAUCCCCAGCACUACGCUUCCGAUUCUUGCUGUGAAUGGAGACAUUUAUAAUUUCAGUCUCUGCGCAAAUCGCAACACUACGCAGACGAACGUCGUGUAUAAGCCCUUGCCGAACAGCUCGACUUACUACUACGAUAGUUGCUACCCAGUGUUGCUGCAUAUCAACCCGUUGUACCUUGAUGAUAAAAACUGA